AUGGACCAGCCCCCGCGCCGAUCGCGGUACUUUGAGGUCGAGGCGCCCGCGCGUCCUCUGCGGAAGCGGCCGCGCCCGGGCGAGACGGCCCGCCUCGAGGCCCUGCGGUCCUACCUCGCGGCGCGCGGCGUGGCGCGCGCCGAAGACGUGCUUCGCUGGACCGUCGAGGUCAAGCGCCGGGCGGGCGGCCGGAGCGCGGGGACGCUCGACGCGUACUUCGUCGACGGUGCCGCCCGCUACCGGAGCCGCGCCGACGUCGCGAGGCGGGCCUUCGGCGUCGAGACCGGCGCCGCGGAACCUCCACCGCCCGUCGCACGCGUCGAACAGGUCGAAAGCACCCCCCGCGCCCCGGAGCCGGCCGCGGCGGCACUAGGGCGAUUCGAGGCGGCCGCCGCCGUCCGCGGCAACGACGCGCUCGGCGCGCAGGCCGCCGCGGCCGAGGCCGUGCUUGCCGCCGUCGAGGCCGGGUCGGAGGACGCCGGCGCGCGGGGCGCAGCGCUUCGCGCCCUCGACGGCGGCCUGUACCGGCUCCACGUGAACUUUAGUUGCCGCGUGCGGCAGCGGAGCGACGCCGUCCGGCGUGGGAGAGACGUCCUCACGGAUCUCCGGCGCCGCUGCAAAGCGCUUGAGAAAAAAGUAGACCCAGAGGGGCGGAGGCGCGCGACGGAGGCGAAGGCGCGGCGACGGGCGAGACGGGAGAAAGCCACGGAGAGGGAACGGGAAACUGGCAGACCGCGCCCGCCAGGGUGGAGAAGCGACGACGACGCGUCGUCCCUGUCGUCGGCUUCGGAGGAGGAUCGCAACGACGGCCCCGGGGUGAACCUCGACGCCGUGAGGGAGGGCGACGAUGCCCCGGCGACCCUCGACGCCAUGAGGCGGAGAUGCAAGACAUUCACGAGGACCGGCGACGUGCAACACCUCUGCCCUCACUUGUGCUAUUAUCGCGAACACGAGCCGGCGCGGCAGCUCUUCGAGUUGAGGAGGCGAGUCGCGCGCGCCGGCGGCGACGCGAGCCGGCUGGACGCCUGGCGCGCGCGCGUCGUCCUCGCGCCGGAGGCGGCCUAUGGCUUCAGAGUGGGGUUCUUUGAGGGAGAGGAGGCGCGAACAGCGGCCGACGCUCUCGCGCGCGGCGGCGUUCCAGAUGUUCCGCGGCCCUCCUUUCCUCAAGCGUCGCACGGAGGAAGGGGUAUUCGACUCACCAAGCCGCAGCUCGAUGCGCUGGACCUGCGCGCAGAGCGCGAUUCGUUGCGCGCGGCGCUCUGGCCUCCGAGCGACGACCAGCGUGGAAAUCAACCAGUGAGUCAGUCAUGUCUCCACCGCGCCGCGGCGGCGGGCGUCGAUGGGACGUCUAGAAGCGUAGCCUGCUGCACCUGUGCUGCAAGUUGGGGCGGAAUGCGCUCCUUGCUUUUCGCCGUACGCCGCCAACGUCGCGUCGAGGGGGAGGCGCCUUGACAUUUGAUUUGAUUCUACGCAGGCGACGACGCCACGCACGCGCCGCGCGGCCGCGCGUCGCCGCACUUCCUCGCCGCGGAUUCGGGCGACUUCGACGGCGGCGUCGACCGCGCGACGCGGCUCUCGCGCGCCGAAAGCUUCCCCUGCUCGCCGUUCGGCCUGCUGGAGGAGAUCCUCUGGCACAACGAGUGGAAACUGCUUGCGGCCUGCGUUUUGCUGAACGUCACGACGCGGCGACAGGUCGACGCGGUCCUCUGGCGUCUUUUCGCGUCGUUCCCCGGUCCAGCGGCUACCGCGGCCGCGGCGGAGGACCCCAUGAAAAUGGAGCGGCUCGAGGCUAUAUUGAGGCCGCUUGGUCUCCACCGCAAGCGCGCGCGGCGUCUCGCGCGCAUGUCUCGGGAGUAUUUGGAAGCGCACGCGCGUGCCGCUGCGUCCCGCGACGAUGCCGCCGCGGGGGCGACGCCCCUCGACACGCACACGGUCUCGGCGCUCCACGGCGUCGGCGACUACGCGUCCGACGCGCACGCGCUCUUCGUCCUCCGGCGUGUCCGCGCGUCGUCACCGCCGCGGGACCACGCUCUCAGAUGGUGGCACGCCUGGGCGUUAGACCGCGGGCUCGCGACCCUCCACACGCCAAACUGCUCGCCCACGAAGGCCGCGCGGGAGUGA